AUGGACAAUCAUUUUUUUAAGAGUGAAGAUAACCUAGGUCUUCAAAAUAGUUUGGAAAAUCUUAAGUAUAUGAUUAUUUAUUUAUUAUGAUAGGAAAAGUAAUCGUCCUUCUCAUUAUCAGAAAGUUGACGAGAAUAUUAGAUAAUAAAUAAUUGAUCUAGCUUGUAAUAAAGGGUAACCAUUAAGAUAAGUAAAAUUAUUAUAAUUCUUCAGAUUGCCUAAAACCUUGGAAUCAAAUAUUCAACUGCCAAGGCUAUAGUCUAAGUGUAUUAAAAUGAAGGAAGGAUAGGUAAAAAACGAACAAGAGAUAAACGAAUUUUUUAAGAGAUCGAAACCUUUAUUAUGGUUGUUCAUAAGGAAUCAGGGAAAAUAGAAAAGCUGAAACAUAAGUCAGAGUGUAGUGAUCUAAAAAGCAAUUUCCAAAGCGCUAAAAUGAAGUAAAAAGUAUAAUUAAAAGUUGCCAGUCUUGAAGAAGUUCACUAUUCUUAACUAGCUCAAUAUUUUGAAAGAUAUAAUCUCCAAGAAGAAGAUAAGGUGCAAACAUCACAGAAUUAGACCUUACUGGAUAUUGUUAAAAUUUUAAAUACGCAGUACUAAUAAUUUGAUAAUGUUCCUUAGCAAUAACGAUGA